AGAUCGGAGGAAGAAAGGCUUUUCGACACGGGUGCCGACAGUACGGUACGAAGCGAUAGAGGCAGCAACAAAACGACCUCCGGCCACCAAGAUGGAACCACGGACGAACGGCACUGCCUCGGGUGGCAGCACGGGGGGUACCCGCGAGGACACCAGUUUCGAACACGCGGGGCACGGCACCGAAUCCGGGACGGCCGAGAACACCAGCGACGAUCACGACGGCGUUUCCGUUUCCGUUGCCCUUGCCGUUGCUCCCUCUCCGGCGGCGGCAUCGCUGCAGCGAACGCCCGCGCCGGACUCUUGCGCGGAGAAGUUCGAGGGGAACCUCCCCCUCCACUGGCUGCAGCCGCGGAAGGAAAGCGGCGGCGACGCCCUCCCCUCGUUUCGGGACCUGCGGCUCAAGACGCACCGGACUCUGUACGGGACCGAGCACGGGGGAGGCGGAGGGCUCCUCCUCCCCCCAAACCGGGACAAGUCCCCCAAGGGGUCCGUCGACGCCCCCAUCCGGCACCUGGUGGACCUGAUCAAUUCGCACUCGCGGUUUUGCACCCUCAGCUCGUGUUCCGGCCGUCUCUCCCUGUUUGAUCCGAGCGGGGAGUGCGGCAACAACAACAACAACCACAGCAACGACACACCCGCGGAUUCCGGUGGCGACGCCCACCAGUUUACCGAGGCGAGCGGGAAGGGAAGGGGGAGAUGGGUGCUCGUCAGCCACGAUCCGAUGGAUCCGGAGGCACUCGCGCGGGCCUUGGCCCGGAGUGGGGGAAGGGACACCGAAGAGGGAUCGACGGACGCAACCCCGCUCCGGCCCUGGACCUUUCGGUUCGAGCCGCUCUUGCUGCACGUGGCGGCGGCCUCGCUGGACGAUGGUCGCGAGCUCCUGGCGAUCGCCCUGAAUCUCGGGUUCCGGGAAUCGGGACUGGUGGUCACCGACAAGCGGGUGACGGUGGCGAUUCGGUCGCACUCCCUCGCCACCGCGGUUCCGCUGGUGCCGAACUCGCAUUCGCAUUCGCAUUCGGAUUCGGAUCUGCCUCAUCCGCACGACGCGGGCCGGGGGUCGCUGUGCGCUCCCGCUUCCUUCCUGCGAGCGCUGGUGCACGAUGCCAACCAGAGGCUGGAGGCCAACUGGAAGCAACUGGAUCGGUUGUACCGUUCCAUAGAAUCCAACUUGUUCGAGGUUCGAUCGUCGCCGCCACCGAUUGCGAUUCGGAGCAUCCACCACGGGCAACCAGAACGGCCUUUCGUCGUUCCGCCGCUGAAUCUUUGGAACGCAUCGGUGAUCGCCACGACCGCCAGCGAAAAGAUCUCUGGGUCGGACACGAUUACGCAACAAAAAAUCUGGAUCGCGGGUGGAUACGGUUGCGGCCCUGCGACCUCCAUCGACGCCAACAACGGCAAACCACACAGCACCGGCAACAACAGCACGACCGCGAGGCGAUCCUCGAAAAUAUACGAACUGGAACGGGAAUUCCCCGAUGGAUCGUGGCAAAACGAUUGCUGGAAGGAAUACGGUCGACCGCUGCUCGGGGAAACCAGCGAAACGACGGGAGACGGGAGCAAUGCCGAGGGAUUCCUCGAGGUCCAUCGCGAGACGCACCGAUCGAAGACACGGGCCGACGCGCAAGCGCUCCUUCGAUUGGGGGUUCGCUGGCUCCCCGCGGCCCCCGAUCUGCAGGGCAUGGCCUCGUGCACGCUGGGAGAGUCGAACCUCUGCGUGGUGUGGGGAGGCCGGAGGGGCCCCACCAGGCCCGCCGGGGCCGAUCUGUGCGUCUUUGACCCGGUGGGGGUCCGGUUCGGGUCCGUGGCGGACGUCCGUGGCGAUCCCCCGGAGCCCCGGUGGGGACACCGUCUCGUGGCCCUCGGGAAAGGCGACCGGGCCGUCCUCCUGGGGGGAUGCAACCACCAACACGGUGCCUUUGACGAAGUCUUUGUGCUGCACCUCGUUUCGGAAGGGGGGGACGGCGGGCCGGGUGGUUCUGCGCCCGGAUACUUUUAUUGGGAGCGGUCCCCGGUUCGCUUGCGAGCUCCAAGGUUUCACUUCGGAGCGGCCCUGGUGCAACGGGACACAGUGUUGGUGCUGGGCGGGCUCGAAUCGACCAAGGACCUGUUGCGGCCCUUCGAAGACGAAAGCGGCUGCUCGCCAUUGCCGAACGAGUGGGCCUGCCGGUAUGGGGAUUCCAAAACGAAGAGGAGCGGCACGGAGAACGACAGAAGGACAACCAUCGCAACCGAGGCCGUGGGCGUCGCGGUCGAUGCCCCAGAGCGCUUGUUGCAAGGUGGCGGUGGCGGUGGCGGUGGCGGCAGUUUUGGCUCCUUCUUUGGCAUGGCUUGCUGCACACUGAUCUCCAAUAACCUUCUCUUGGUCACCGGGGGAAUCCGGGCCGCCGAUACAGAAGGGGCAAUGCCCAGCAUCCAGGCCUUUUGGAUCUCGAGCGGGUGCGGAUCCCCCGGAAAACACCGCCUCCGGAUGAGGCGAAUCGAGGUCUCCCUCGGCCCCGGCACCGCACAAGGGGAAGGGCCACGGCCGGCGGCACUCGAUUUCGGGUCGAUGGUCCACCACUGCUGCGUAGCGCUAUCGAACAACGAGGUUCUCUUGGUGGGGGGCGGGGUCCCGUCCUUUGCCUUUGGCGAGUGCUAUGCACGGUACGUCACAAAUUGCGAUCACCGAUCUCCAACAGAUGCACGCCAACAGUUCCCUCGCAUUCUCACACAAUCCUUUGGUUCCGUGUUCUACCGCAGGUCUCACCACCUAUUGGUCGACACAGACAACGCCGAUUCGGCAGGCUUGGGCUCCGGUGAAAGACCCGGAACCAGCGGACGGACCAAGUCGCCUCCAAAACAGGGGACCCCCACCAGCGUUGGUGGCUCGUCGCCAAACGAACACAGCGGUUCGAAGGCUUCCUCCUCCUUUGCCACCGAAGCCAAGCAGCGGACCGGCGUGGUGUACGUGCUCCCCAGGGACGCCAGGAAGGCGAAACACGUGCUGCAGCAGAGCGGGUGUCUGGACAGGCGCUUUCGAAUGAGAAAGGUCGUCGAAGCCGUCGCGGGAACGGUGGAAUCCACCGAGCCCCCGGGAACGAGCACCGGGGAAAGGGGUUCCGGGGAAGAGAACCAGCCCGCGACCACUCCUGCCGGUGGAACCAGCGUUGCAUUUUCCAUCGCCAUCCCCGUCUCGGGUUCUCCCGCGGAAGCACUGGCCCUUCUCGACGGACUGGCCCUCCGCCACGGCGAGGAAGAACUGCCGUUUAGCACCUCUCAGUAUGCCUCCAAACCCAAGCAGAGAAAAACCUGAGACCGCGAAUCAAGACUCGACGGGUGUUACGUGAUAUUGAACGCACGAUUGCGUCGGUUUUCGGUAAGUCUUCUGAUACGGUAAUUGCAAACGAGGCCGACGAUACGAAGGACUAUGGGAUACGGGUACCGCCACGGCUGCUUGGAGAUCUAAAAGAGCUAUUGACUGCACCGAGGCAGCAUAGUAUUGAAACCAUUCGGUAAUAAAUGAAAGCAUUUUUAGUUUUUAUAGUUUCGAUGCGGCCACACCUCUUUCGGAACGAAGCGAUGUGAUCAGAAACCUGGAUCGUUGACCAAACCGCGGAUGGAACGAAAGCGUAACAAUUGGUGCACAAUCCCGGUUCGAAAUCGAUCCACAAUCGAGUGAAACCUCUUUCUUGCCUCUGAGGUCGUGUCCUUUCGUUCAGCCAGCCAGCCAGCCAGCAAGCAAUACAGCGCUUGUGCAGUGUACAAUAGCUUGCUGUAAUUUUCAAAAUCCCGGAGCCAUAUGUAUUUAUUUUGAUU